CCAACAACUUUUCUCAAAUUCUUACUAAAAUAGAAUAAAAUAAAAUAACUUUUCUCAAAAUCUCUCCCUAUAAAAUCCCCUUCUUUGCGCAAUUGUUGCUGCUACCGCAAAAUCUCGCUCUCUGAUCAGCCAUGACUGCCCAAGUAAUGCCGGAGCAACAGCAACCCCUCCACGCCAUUCAUCUCUUACCAAGGGAUUUGGAUAAAUCCCCUCCCUCCCACAAAAGGCUGGAGGGAAAAGUGGCGAUCGUAACGGGCGGCGCGAAGGGGAUCGGAGAGGCGACGGUGAGGCUGUUCGCGAAGCACGGAGCGAGAGUGGUGAUCGCCGACGUGGAGGAUCUACUCGGGGCGGCGUUGGCGGACACUACUCUGCUUGAAAUUAUUGAUAAAACUGUUACCUCAAAUUCGUGGGUCGAAUUUGUUUAA